AGCACCAAAACAAUCGACUGUAUAAUAUGGAUGAUGGUACAAAUUGCCACACACAUAGACAAGAAAAUGAAAGCCUUCUGCAUACAGAAUGUGAGCUGUGCAUUUUAACGUCAGUGUUAUAGGGAAAGAUGGUUACUAUUUGCAAAUGAAAGAACUAAAUAUUGCAAGUGUUUAUAUUUUUGUCAGCUUAAUAAUCUGUUGGAAAGCAAAAGGCCACAAUGUCAUCGUUAACGUCACGUCGACCAGUAAAGAAUACUGGGUACCGCGUGUGACCGCGACCAUACAGUUGCCACAAUCAGAGACUAUUCAUAACAUCCUUGGUCAACUUUGCUUUAUAUUUCACCGCUCAUAUGAAAUGUCUCGAUACAAAGAAAACUAUCCAUGUGAAACACAAGCUAACAACCUUCUUCUAUACGAGAAGAAAAGAAGAUUAUACACAACAACGAAAGAUGGGAAACCGAUUCGGUUACGUCGAUUCGGAAUAAAAAACGGAACAGAGUUGAUGUUGUAUUACUUGUGAAGCUGAACAUUCGAAUUUGUGUGUGAACGUUAGCUUAUUCAUAGUAAUUUUCGCGUGUU